UACACCUGGUGUCAAGGCGAAUUCUAUCAUUGUGAUACAUUUUUAUGCAGCUGCUGCUCGUAGUGCUGUAGUCGUAUACGUUUCCCGUUUCUGUGUAUAAACUCAAUGCGUUGCUUCUCUCAACUUGCAUAAACGCUUCUGAAUUGUAUAUAUACGUUUUUAUGAUAACUAUUUUAUUAUUUAAAACAGUAUAUAUUAAACGAUAAUACCUACCGGAAUUCACGACGCCACUAGAUUUCACUGUUAAUUUUUACAGAUAGGUAUUGCCGUUUUCGUCUUCUUUUUUUCCUCGCCACCACCAGUCUUAACCGGUGUUCACAAAUCGAUACAGUGCCAAUUGGUGGGACACACAACAGACCGACAUCCUCCGUAUUAAUAUGAACAACGAUAUGAGUACGUUCGAAGAAGAACAAAUCCAGUCUUCGUCAACCUCCGCCCCCGAAAAUAACACCGAACAGCCGCUGCAGCAACAGCAGGACAUGAUGAAGGGGAAAUUUUGUAGCGUGUACGAGGGUACCGCCCCUCGGGGUUGCAAAUUAAAAUUUUUCAACCCACCCGGAAGGAAUAAUGCAGAAAUUGAAAUCAUAGCUGCCAAGCUCAACGUGAGUAUACUAGUUGAUACGAUAGAUACGAUAGUUUAAAAUAAUAUAAGUACAAGGGUGGAUCAAAAAAUAAAAAUUGUUUUUUCGCGGACGUUUGUUUAUAUUUAAUUUGUACAGGUAUGACAAUACCAUAGCAUAUAAUUUUGUGAAAAAAAAAUUCUCAUUUCGCGAGCAGCAAUUAUAGGUAAAUAACGCAAUUUGUAUGCAUUUUAUCUUUAAAUUAUAGCUAACUAAAAAUGGCAUGAAGCCAAAUGAUCAGAAUUUAAUAAGGAACAAAUAUGGUCUUAUUAGUUGAUGAGAAAAAAUCAAUAUUGACAAAGUUAUUAGCCAUUAAACGCAAAUAAUUACAUAAUGUUGGUAAAUCAUCAGUUAGAACUACCCUUGAACAAUUUUUUUAUUUGUUUAAUAAAUUAUAAUAUGAUUUUAAUUAAAUUUAUUAAAAACUAAUAAUUUAUAAAUUACAAAAAAAUGAAGUAAAAAUAAACAAUAAAAAAAGAAUACAGUAUUAUUUAUUUUUAUUAUUUUUCAUUAACCUAAAAAUCAAAUAGUCUUUGUUUUAUUAUACAUUUAUUUGCUUGCAGUAUUUCCCUGCAGCGCAUUUAUGUAAUCUGGAGUAAAUAUUGUUUCUUCUUGUUAAGUCAGAACAGGGUUGAAAUCUUGAAUCAGUUUGAUGCCAAAUUUUUUUCACAUUUUUACCAAAGUUUUUACAAAAUCAUUCACAGCCAUACAAUUUUCAGCUUUUCCACGAGCACUACCAAUGAAAAAAUCUGUACUAUUUUUGUGUUAAAAUUUGUUUUUUAUCAGUGUGAAUGCUACAAGGAGGGUUAUCGCUGCCAUCGUUUUCCAGAGCGAUCACGGUUCUUCUAUUUUCUUUGACUGAUAUGCGUGGAUCGAAUAUGGCUAAACCUAACAACAUUUUACUUUAGUAUCAUAAGUGGCCUUAUAAUUUGUUGUAGUUCUCCUCAGAAAUUGUAUGAUUGAUGGAUUAAUAUUUGAUGAGAUCAUUCAAUAGUGCCAGAAUCCGAUUUUGACAAGUAUACCAUUUUUGAAUGUAGAUUCGGAUAAUUAAAACAUUAAAUUCGCGGAGACCAUCGAGCUCAGCUGCUUUCAAUUAGAGUUGAUCAAAAAAAAUGUAUAUUUUCAAACAAUAUAUAAGUUUUACCAUCCAAUGGGCGGGAUAGUAGACUCCUGGAAUGCGUAUUUUUAUUAUUUCUUCAGUUUCUACUAAGAAUGCCAAUGAUAAAUUCAGUAGUUCUUUAUAGUCAUAAUGUGCAUGGUUAGUAUUCAACUGACAUUUAAUAAAUACAAUGAUAUUGAUUCGUACAAGCAUAAUAAAAUUGGCAAUUUUUGAAUUAUGCAUUGCACUUUAAUAACUACUUUGAAACACUUUGAUUACUGCUUGUGGAAAAGUUGAAAGUUGAAUGGCAGAACAGGACAUCAAACUGAUUCGAGAUUUCAACCCUGUUUUGACUAAACAAGAAGAACAAAAACAAUAUUUACUCCAGAUUACAGAAAUACACCGCAAGCAAAUAAAUGUAUAAUAAAAUAAAAAAUGUUUGUUCUUUAGGUUAAUUAAAAAUUAAAAAUAUUGUAUUUUUUAUAUAUUAGUUUUUUGAUAAAUUUAAUUAAGAUUAUGUUGUAAUCUUUUUGAUAAAUAAAAACUUUUUCAAGGGUAGUUCGAGUUGAUGAUUUACUAACAUUAUGUAAUCAUUUGCGUUUCAUGUCACAUAUAGAUAAUAUUUGAACGAACAUUAUGUGAAGAAUAUUUAAUUGGAAAAAGAAAGUACCAAAUUUUGUAUUAGCUAUAACAUAUAGUAUACAAUAUUUAUACAUGUAUAUCCAAUUUAUCUUAUAUCAUAUUUUCAAAGCUUAUAUCUAGUGUUAUUAAAAAUUUGCUUGGUAUUGCAUGUCCUGUUCAUAUUUUGCACAAUGCCAUACACCAUGGUGUGAAUCAAUGUGAUAUGUUUGAUAUUGAAUCAAUAAUUCUUUAAAUUUACAACUAUUUUUCUAAUUAUACUGUUAGAACAGAAUCACUGAAAGACUUGUGAGCUUACAAAUAUUACAUAUUACUCUAGAAUUACUCUAUCACAAGACAAUCGUAUGCAUUAAAAUCAUAUUUUGUAUUAUAAGACCAAAUACCUAAAGCAUUAUUAAAUAUUUUUGAUAAUGACUAGUGAACCAUUUUUAUUUUUUGUACAUUUUUCAAUGAGUACUUUUCAUAAAAAUUUAGAAAAAUAGAAAAUGAAGGUAAUUCAAUCUGUGAAAUAAUAAAUAUAAUAGAUAAUAUUUUGACUAAUCUAAAAUGUAGAAUAACUGAAAAAUGUGUACCCAUGGUAGUAAAAGAACUUAUAAAACAUUUGAAAGAAAUUGCCUGUGAUAAUUUUAUUAAACAUUGCUUAUGUAUAUAUUCCUCUGCAACCAGUUAUUUAAAAAAAUGGACUCAGUCACUAUAAUCAAUGAUACAUCAUACUGAUAUAAAAGAUACAAAACCUUUUUUUUUCUUUUUUAAAUAACUGUAACUUUUUAUUAGUUCAUAAUUCAAAAAACACCUAUGAUAUUCCCUCCAAAAUAUUGUUUUCUAUAAAUUUCAUAACAGGUACUUUUACCCUAAAAUCGAAAUUAAGCCAGUUAAUAGUUUUACUUAUUCUUAGUAAGCAUUGUUUUUGUAUGUUACCAAGUAGUUGGACUGAGAUAGUAGAUGCAAUAAUUAUGCAAUAACUGAUCACAGUUUUCAGUUUAUAAAUUAAAUUAUCCCAUGUCCAACUUCCUAGUUCCUAUGUACCCAUAGGGGUCGUAUACUGGUAUGUUUAUUAGAUAUUUUAUGACAAUUAUAAUAUUUAAGGCUAUUUUUACAAUAUACUAUAAAGUGUGUUAGAGCUAACCUACAGUUAUAUUUCUGUCCAAAAUUAUAUUGGUUUAUUGGUGGCUAAUGUUAACAAACACUUUAAUGGACUUUAUAAGAACAGCCCUGAAUUAAUGUUUAAUUAAUAUUUAAUUAAUGUUUUAGAGUAUAAAAUUGAACACCGAAAAGGAUCCAAUCACCAAACUUAAUGAAAUUAUGUUAAUAUUAAAAAAAAAAGUAGUCACUUAUGAGACUAUAGACAUAAAAGGUUUAUUGCACUCUCCAAUUUACACUGUUCGUGCUCAAAAUGAAGACUUGUCUGGUAUGUGAUUAUUUAUUAUUAUAUCUUAUUAAUGUGUAUAUUAAAAAUGUUGUGAACUUUAAAUAGUUUUUGGUACUGGUCCAUCAAAAAAAGAAGCCAAAAAAAUAGCUGCAAUUGCUUUUAUAGAGAGAAUGAAUUUUAAUAAUGUUAGAAAUGACAUUACAUCAAUUGCUUCAAACAAUAUGAAUAACCCCUAUAAGUAAAACAAACUAUAAAAUUAUAAAAAAAAAAUACCUGUCAUCUAUGAAUAGAAUUUUUUUUAUCAGGAAAAAGCCAACAGAUCCAGUAUUAGAGAAUAAAAAAUCAGAAAUAAACCCUAUUGGUCAACUGCAGGAAGUCUGCAUGAUUUAUCAUUGGAAGCUACCCAGUUAUGAAUAUACCACACAAGGAAAUACAGGAUUUGAAGCUAAUUGUUUGCUUUAUAUGUACAAAACCAGUAGUACGUAAAUAAAUAUAAAUAUCUAUUUAUACAAAUUUAUAAUAUUGAAUGAUAUCAAUAAAUAAAUAUUUGUUAUUAGGUGUCCAAAAAUCUAAGCAGUUAGCUAAAAGAGAAGCAGCUCGUCUCAUGUAUGACAAAAUCAAGGAGUUUUCUGAAAAUGAAAUCAACUGUCUUUCUCUCAAUAUAUACCCAACGCCAAGUUCAAUUAUGUUUCAAAUGAAUAUAUCUGCAAACAAAAAUAAUAAUUCGGACUUGUUAAAUACAUCUGAAAAUAUGAAAAACGUAGAGAAAUUCCUUAACAACUUAAAAAUGUCAAAAAAUCCAUCACUGAACAAACUGAAGGUAAUAUAUUGUAUUUAAUCUCAACAUUUAAUUUAAACAUCUUAUAUUAUAUAAAAUGCCAGAUUUGUCUAUAACACUUUUUUUUUGUAUAUAUAUACUAAAUGUUCAUUUUGCAAGGUAAACAAUUUUAAUUUAAAUAAAAAUAACAAAACAUAAGAGGAAAAUAUUUUCAAAGGCUGUACUUGUCUUUAAAUUUAAAAGAUUGCCAUACAAACAAGGAACUGCCAUAUUAGAGUAUAUUCUUUUGUUUCAAGGAAUAAAAGCUCAAGUUAAUUUUAUAAAAACAAAAAUGUACUCAAGGAAAAAAUUAAAAAAAAUGUUUAAAAUUGAUAUAGAACUUUUCCUUUGGAUCAAAAUAUUGGUUAUCACAGUCAACUUUAAUCAAUAAAUGAAUAAAUUAUUGUCAGUUAAUUUUUAAUAGUUUAACAUCAUUAAUAUUUCAGUCUAUCUAUAUAUGGACUGAAAUAUAAGUCAGUUUGCAGUUUUUGUAUAUAAUAAUGAUUGUUUCAAUGUUAAUAAAUAAAUAAAUUUUAUUUCACUAAAGUGUGUAUGUAAUCAAGUUUUUGUUGUAAAGAUUUGCAGCAUUUGGAUUUAGCACUAUCUAUUUUAAACAUUUAAAUGAUCAUUAUUAUUAAUUGUGUAUGCCAGUAUUUUAUUUGAAUUAAUGAUUUGUAGAGGAGUUUAUAAUAAUGUUCACAUUCAUGACCAUAUAUUUUAAAGUACUAUAUAUAUUUUUAAAUAAUAUUGGCUAGUAUAAAUAUGCCCAUUAUUUAUUACUAGUAUUUAAAUAAAUAAUAGCAUAUAUAUAUAUAUAUAUGUAUAUCUGUAUCAAUCAAACUAACCAUGUAAUGAUAUCUACGUACAGACAGUCACAGUGAUGAUAUAAUUCUAAACUUGUGUUUAGAAAUCUAAAAUGAACUGAUUUAUUUUUCAUUUAUCAUUUAAUAAGUAUUCCAGAAAAAUAAUAAUUAGUUAUUAUUAUUAUAACUAGUAUAUAAUAACUUAUUAUAGACUAGUGGUUUUUAUUAUUAUUAUAACUUUUUUUUUCAGGAUUUAAACUUCACAAAAUACCCUGGAAGUGCUGUUGAAAUUUUAGACCAAAUAGGAGAAGAAGAAGGAUUUACUACAUCUUAUGUUUUACUUUCUAAGCCAGCUUUCAGUAUGAGUUUUUUCAAGUUGAACAUAAUUAUUUUAAUUUAUAUAUAUAUAUUUGUUUUAGGUCAAGCAGAAAUUUUGGUGCAGGUAUCUAUUACUCCUCUUAUAAUACAUUUGGGUACUGGAUCAACACUAAUUGAGGCUCAAGAAGCAGCUGCCAACGUUGCUCUAAUAUACAUGAAACUUUUUUUAGAGUAAUAAGAACAACUAAAUAUUUGAAUGCACCAUCACAUUUUUAACUUAUUUAUCACUCAUUUAUCACUUAACAUUUAUAACAAACAGAAUAUUUUUACUUGUUCUAGUCAUAAAAAAUAGUAAUUUUAUUUUUUAAUUUAUCAUAAUAUUACUUAUGAAAAAAGUUAUUAGGGUUAAAAACAUAUGAAUAGCAAUUGUUAGAUUAGGUUGUAUUAAAUCCUAUUAUUAUUAAAUAUAACUAAUAAAAAAUCUAUUUGGAUUAUUUAGCAUGUAAUAUUUAUAUUUAUUUGGAUUUAUACUUCUUUUUCUUACAAAAUAAGAACCUAAUAUGGAUUAUUGAUAACAUUUUUAUUAUUGUAAUACUAUAUGUGUGUAGUAGUUUUUCAUUUAUAAAUUGUUUUUCCAGUUUAUUUGUUUUUUUUUCUAUUUCUCUUUUUGUUCAACAUUUAAAAUGUAUAGAAAUAUACAAUGUACAAACAUAAGUAAUAAAUGAUAAAAUAAUAAAGUAAAAAAAAAAUUAUUAAUAUGGCUAUUACUGUUAAAUAAAUAUAAAAAUAAAAAAUAGUAUAUAUAAAAAUAAAAUAAGGUGUAUUCAUUCAUUUAUUUAUUAAUUUGCUUUUGAUUAUCCUUAUAAUUGAUGUAUUUUAAAAAUUAAAUACUUUUUGAAGUCGCCUGCCCCCCUUCAUAAAGAAAUAUUAUAGUUAUAAGUUAUAGUGUUAUAGUAGUUUAAAUUGUAAUAUGUAGGAAAUAAAUUGCUGAUUUAUUUAAGAAAUAUAAAUGAUAAUUAGUGUUAAAUAUUUAUAUUGUAUUAUUAAAAUAAUUAUAUAAUAUUUACCCAUUUAUUUCCUUUCAGUUUGGAUUACAAUGCUUUAUGGAAUAUUUAAAAAUUUUAAAUAAAAUUCUGUAUUUCAAUACCAGAGUGUUAAUACACAUACUUAAAAGUGCAUCCAAAAGAAUAUAAUUACUCAUUGUAAAUCAGUGUCUGGCGAGUUAAUCAAUUAGUUUUUUGAGAACCAAUCAGAUAUGAUUAUAAUAUUGCUACAAAUAUGAAAUAAAGUUUUCCAAUCGUUUGUUAUUAAUGUGCGCAUGUAUACCCAGUUUUUCUCAAAAAUAUGCUUUACAUAAAAAAAACUCAUGCCAUUUAAUCGUCCAAUUUCAAUCUUUAUAAUAUGCCUUUAAAAACGUCAAAUUUUUUUACUAACUUUUAUAGCAUUAUU